AUGAAUUCUUCAGCUGAUAUUAUCAAGAUGCGAAUCAAGCUCAUGCAUAAGACAGGAGAACUUUCUUUUCAUUCACAAAAAUUUCCUAUUGAAACAGUUUUCACUCUACCUGAGUUUAAGAAAAGUUCAAAUUUAAUAAAAACGUUUAACCUAUCAAGAACAGAUUUUAAGUCAGCUGAAAAUAUGCCAUUAUUACCAAACGUUACAACAUUUAUUGCAGACAACACAGAAAUUGCAAAUUUCAAGAAUUUUUUAAAUAUGCCUUCCUUAACUAAAAUUAGCAUUAAAAAUACACCUGUAUCAAAAGAAAAAACACUUAAACUUACUUUAUAUCUACUUUUCGGAGAAGCUUUAUCUUCUGUUUCAGGAACUUUAAUUCCACAGUCAGUUAUUGAGCGUGCUGAACAAUAUCCACCUUUUACACGAGAUCUUAUCAAUGCUGGAUGGAUUGCUACAUAUCCUCCUCCAUCAGAUGAAGAAUUUGAACAAAUUUGCAAAGAUUAUAAUGUUGAAUACAAAAACGAACAGAAUUCAGAUGAAAACAAUAGCGAAAAUGAUGAAGAAGAGGAAUUCAGUGAUGAAAACUACUGUUUCUUGAUCCAAUCUCUCAGAGAUAGACAAGAAAAGAUGCUUGCAGAUGCUGCAGAAUAUUUUGGAGUUGAAGAAGAGGAAGAAGAGAACGAGGAACAGUUUGCAUUCAAAGUUGCAAAUGUUUUUAGUGAAUUUGGAAUUGAUAUCGGACUUCCAACAAACGAAAAUAUCUUAUCUGCUCUUCGUAAUGCAUGCGAACAAGCUGCACAGUAA